AUGGAGUUCACACACAGAGGCAACAAAGUGGCAUUAAGAGGCUUCAAACAGCAAGGAACUCAGUUGAUUCCCAAGAGGCAGAUGCAAAAGCUUUUGAGCAAACCCGAACAGAUUGACUCGGCUCAGCUCUGCUUCAUCUCUGCUAAACAAAUGGACGCACAGGAGGUUAGUCCGAGCUGCUUAAGGGCGGAAGCGGAUGCGGAGGUAACUCACUAUCAAUCUCAGCUUGAACUGAUUUUGCUUAACUACAACGAAGUGUUUGAAGAGCUCGUAGAAUUACCCCCUGCGAGAACGCAUGACCAUAGAAUAUACCUCAAGGAAGGAGCGCCACCUAUCAAUGUUAGAUCAUACCGGUACCCAGCAUUCCAGAAAGGAGAAAUUGAGAAAUUGGUGAUAGAGAUGUUGAGCAGUGGAAUUAUCAGACCUAGUAACAGUCCUUUCUCUUCUCUAGUUGUCUUAGUCAAGAAAAAGGAUGGCACAUGUAGAAUGUGUAUAGACUAUAGGGAGUUGAACAAGGCUACUAUUAAGGACAAAUUUCCCAUACCCCUCAUCGAAGAGUUGUUAGACGAGUUAUUUGGAGUUGUUAUCUUUACUAAACUUGAUCUACGAGCAGGGUACCACCAAAUCCGAAUGCAUUCGGAUGACGUUCCUAAGACCGCGUUUCGGACCCAUGAUGGACAUUACGAGUUCAUGCAAGUCCUGGGGGGAACACUUGGAACAUUUGACAAUGGUGUUCGACACUCUGGUCCAUCAUCAGCUCAAAGUGAAGAGGAGCAAAUGUUUAUUAAGGACUAUGGCAGGUUGGCGCGUCCCUUGACUGAUUUACUAAAGAAAAAUGCUUUUCAAUGGCAUGCUGGAGUAACCGUAUCUUUCAAUCUGCUCAAGUCUGCUAUGUUUUUUCCACCUGUACUGGCUCUCCCGAAUUUUUCAAGAGAAUUCAUAGUAGAAACGGAUGCAUCUAACAAUGGUAUUGGUGCGGUCCUUUUGCAACAGGGCAGACCCAUUGCAUUUUUUAGCAAGGCACUAGCAGCUCAAUAUCAAAGGGAUGUCAGUUUAUGA